AUGGGCUUUCCUGCACAACUCUACCUGGCCUGGCGUCGGAGAUUUCAGCGUUGCGCCGCUACCUGCACGGAAGCCGUCGCCGAAAGAGUCGGAUCCAAGACAACCGACCUUGGAUGCCGCUGUUCAGACCUUGGCAGCGCCGCUGCUAAGAUGACUCCCUGCAUUGCUCUUAAGGGCGACUGCGACUUCGACGGCGUUCCCAAAUACAGAACUAACCUCUUCGCCUCGUGUAGACGAUACCGAUCUAACUGCAAGUUUGCCACGAACUCGAUUAGGGUUCAUAAAACCUGCAACCGACAAAAGGAGUGGGGCUUCGAAGACAGUGUAUAA